AUGCCCUUCCAGACGACUACUCUCCUUCCCUUGACCGAGUCUGUCUCCUUCGUGCCUGACAGUCUAACCAAACCCGCGAGCAAGCCCCUCGAUUCCCCCAGCGACCGCCUGACAUCCGCGACUGAGCCCGAUUCCUUGUCUUCAUCCUCUCCCUCACCACCUGCCUCGGCCGCCUCGGACGCUCCUGCCCUGCCUUCUUCGCUGAGCCAGACCAACCCACCACCGUCUUCCUCACGCUCCGCCAACCACGCGAGACGCUAUACCCUGACCCGCUUUCCUCUGUUGCGGAAAGGAAGCCGCGAGUUGAGCAGGACACCUUCCACCACCGCGAACCCCGCCCACUCGCCUUUUCACCCUACAGGCGCACCACGACCCUCGCAGUCGAUUGCGCGCCCAUCAGAUCCUUCUGCUGCCCGCCAAACCCCCACCAACCCUCACCAAGAGGCAACCGUCACCGUCCCCGACACAAGACAGCGAGCAGCACAGAGGCCGGGAGAAGGCAAGCCUGACAAGAUGCACCAAACAAGUUCGCGGUUACUCCGCAUGACCGACGAUGAGCGUCCUUUUACUAGAGAUUUCGAGGACCUUUUCUCCACACUUAUGGUCUCACUUCCCCUGACUCCUCACCGCGUACGCUUUAGGAUGAUCGAUUUCACUUUCACCUCGGACGAAGCAAUAACCAACCUUGGCUCGCUCAAAUUCUCCCAAUCAAACCGCAUGCCAGACCCCAAAGACUCGUCACGUGUGGUGACCACUACCACAACUACCACCUUUUCCAUGGCAAAGGAAAUGGCUCGCUCCGUUUGUCAGAAGUUUUUGGAAGCCAAGUUUGUAGAGUCGGUAGAAGGCAAGACCGACUUUAUGAACAAGAGCUCCGUCUGGCAACUCACGCCCAAGGGUAUCCACAUCUUGGAGCGCUUCUGUACACGUAAUGGUAUUGCUUCUGCCCACGUCAGGGCCGUCAUCGAGUCUAACAGGAACCCGCGUCAAUUGGUAGUGCUUGAGCGCAACACUGAGACCGACAAAUUGCACCAUGAUGAGCAGACCGUAGAGAUCAUCUUCCGCCGCUUCAUCGGCACCACCGCAAAUGAGACCCAGUCGGAUUCAGAUUCUAUCCACGAGUUUUCAAAGUGCGACAUUGGCGUGAAACUAGUCAAACAUCGACCCAACUCUCAACGCCAAUACGAGUACACUUUCCAUGGGCGCAACGCCGCACAGUGGCUUAUGGACUGCUCCACCAUGGUUGAUCCACGUGAAGCUGCCGAGGUCGGUUCGCUGUUCCUACAGCUUAAGCUUAUCGCACCGGUCGAUCCCCGUAACUCUGAGCAUCAGUUUCAGCCGGUAAAGCAAGUGCACUACUACAUUACCACCCACGGGGAGCGUGUAGCAGGAUGGCUUCUCGAGGAAGUACCAACAUCAGGAGAUGUAUCAGUCAAGACACGAGACGGCAUUGCCCGCGAUUCCAACAGCAACCGCACCAACGUCAUCAUUCGUAAUCCGUCAUGGCGUCUUCUCUACCGCGAGUUUCUCAAGGAGACCAUGUGCGAGGAAAACCUCUCCUUCUAUCUAGAGGUCCAGCAAUUCAACAAGCAGUACAAGGAUGCUAUCAACGACAAAGGCGACAACAAAGUCGAGGUGAUCCGCGAGACGCUUGCUGCCGCUUAUGGUCUUUACAAUGCAUUCUUGGCGCCUGGAUCACCCAACGAACUGAACAUCGACCACGGUCUGCGCACGCAGCUCGCCACCCGUAUGACCCGUGCUGUUGGUGACGAUACCGCCAUGUUGCAGAGUCUCAACGAAGUUGCGUCUCUCUUUGAAAAGGCACAACAGUCCAUCUUCAAGCUCAUGUCCAGCGAUUCUGUACCAAAAUUUGUGAAGCACCCCAAGUACGCGCCUCAACUUCGCGGUCUAGAUGCCGCCGCCGCGUCAGCGUCAUCAUACAUCUCGCCAACCUCCGCUCGAUCAUAGAACGAAUAUUUCGCCAAUUUUCACAACAAAUCGAUCUGAUUGGUUUAUCUGAUCUCUUUUACAAGAUGACACGACGAUCUGCAAUUGCUUAAGCGACAUCUGCCCUUUCUGGAUCGAUUGCAUACUUCCCCUGUCAACUCUGUUCUGGAUUAUCACAUGUCUUCUCCUACUCCAUGCAUCCGGUCAUAGACUGCGGCGUUCUUGAGGGUUCUUGGCCAAAAGCUUUAGCAUCGGGUGGUCGUUUGCUGACUGCUUUUUUUACCACUUUUCUUUCUUUUUCUUACUACUCGUCCGCUGUCAUGCGGUUAUAUCGAUCUGCGUUGCACGUUGCCAGACAUGCAAUCGGAGUUGAAUCUAUUUUCGGCAUACACACUACUAAGCCUUGGGGAUAUUGGGGAACCUAGCGAGAUGGGAACUCAUUGGUCCCCCCGCGCUUACCCGUUGGUUCUUCUGCCCUUGGCUAUGGGGUUUUGUUUACUCGCAAGCGAGCUUACACGACGAUCAGGGGAGGGGGUAAUAGAUGGCAUGACGACUGAGAUGCGCCAGAUGGCGGAAUCAUCACGCUCAGCAUCUUGGGUGCGGCCGAGAAGGAUCAACCUUACUUUCGGAUCUUUAGUUCCUUUUUAUUAUUCUCUUGGUUCAAGACGCAAUCAUGCUAUGCAGGAGGCCGUCAAGCAUCACAUGGGCUUGUGGUUUUGCGAACAGAACACCAAUGUACCCUAAUAGGAGGUUUCCCACGAUACCCUCACCUAUAGAAGAAUUUAUGACGACAUAUACCUACUC